CUACAACUUCAUAUUCAACUACCUCAUUAGCACCAGGGACAACCGAUGACUUAACGGGUGGAACUCGGGUAUUUACGACGGAGUCGCACAUUUCGAUAACCUCCGGUUCGCCUAUUUCUUAUUCCGAAGUUGGCUAUAGCGUCUAUACUACCAUUAAAGAUAUUAUUACGGUUCACAAAUCAACCGAUUAUACUUUUUUGGACAAGACUUCGCUGGCAGUUUUGGAGACGAGUGAUACGAUUCCAACUGAUCCCACAAACGAAUGGACAACCGAUUUCCGUGCUACCGAUGAUAUCCUCACAACUCUUAAUAGUUUUAUGCCACCGUUAAGAACAUCCGAGGCAACAUGGCAUCCAGUAACCAGUGAUCCCACCACAAACGUGUUGCCAGAAACCAAAAGUUCUGCAACACCUGUUUCAAACUUCCAAACUCCUACCGAAAAUACAGGCGUUGGAGAAACAGAUCAAACGGCAGUCUUUCCGGAAACUAUCGGUGUCAGCGAACAGUCUACUGGAUAUCCUCAAACCGUACAAAGACUCACAACAGAAAUAGUAAUGGACACACUAAGAUCAGACAGAAUCCAUUCGAGUUCAGCUACAAUAAACCCUACAACCAUUGCACAUGAGGAAACCCUUCCGACAAGUACAUUAGACGUUUCCAUGAAAGGAACACUUACAUCGUUCUCUACAUUAUUUGAAGGCACUACUGACACAACAGAGGGCGGUCCUUCAAGUGACUUGACUGUCACUCUAGGACUCAAAACUACCUCGCAGUAUAUCUCAGUCAUGUCAACAAGCAAUGAUAUCUCCAGCGAUUCCUCAGAUAACGUACCUACCUCAUUGACCCUUGGUGAGACUACAACAACCACAAACCGUCUGUCAAGUUACCAGUCAACCACUCAAAUGGUUCCUCUUACCCAUAUUCUUGACACAACCGUAAUGAAAGAAGAAUCUACUACAACCUCGCCAGACAGGACUGGGCCGUUAACUAAAACAAAAAUUGUUACAGUUGAUCAACAAGAGACUACUGAAGAAAGAGGGACCCAGACAGCUUGGUGGGUAAUAUUUGCUAGUAGCGUAGGAGGAGCAUCGCUACUCUGGUUGUUGGCUUCUUGUGGCACUCUCAUCUUCGUAAUCAUGUCUAAACAGAGACGGAGGAGCGAUCACAAUAGGUUCGAUCCAUCAGAUUCUAGUGAAAAUGUCGAGUCUAGCGUUGUAUACAACCCAGGCGCAAUCAUGUUCUCAGACCCGGAAGAUCCAGGCAUACUUCACUAUUAGUUGGGAUAAAAAAAACAGUGAAAUACUUUUAAAAGUACUUAAUGGAUAAUCCAGAGAGACAAAUAUUCUGAAUCAAUUUUGAAAUGUCUCAAUUCAUCAUUUCAAUUAAUUGGGUCCUCAGUGGGAUAAUCUUUCGGAGAGACAAUGGACAUGGUACCCCUGACACACGAAGACGCCUUUUCCAACAUGCAGUUGAUCGCGUUCUUUGAACUGUUAGCUAGAUUUCCUGACCGAAUUCCUACUUAUGCCUUUAAAAGGGAAUCCAGCCUUGGCCAUAAAAUGUUGUGUUGAAAAGGAGGAAAAUAAAUUAAACAGAAUGGUGAAAGUUUGAAAGAAAUCAGACAAGCAAUAAGAAAGUUAUAGCUGCUUUAAAAUUGAGAUCACUAAGAUUAUGUAGAUUUCAAAUUGGCAACAGGGUAAGGAAAUUAUGACAAGGGGCAAGGACAAUUUCCUAUAGGCCAUGUAUUUAAUUGUUGGGGAUUUGUGGUUUUCUUCUAAGUAACCAUUCCCCUGGGGUAGUAAUCUAAACAUAACCCAGGUAGUAUAUUGUUUUAUGUUCUCAUGAAAGACAAAUAUAUUUUGAAUUUUUUUUUUUCGGAAAAUGACUUUUUAGCUAUUUUAUGUAUUGGGGUACAUGGAAGAGUAGUCCAUGCCGUACAUCACUGUGACAUCAAAUAUGCAACCAAUUUGAAGUCUCCAUGGGUAUAACAAUAUAUACAACUUUUAAAAAAUCAUAACUUUCUUGUUCUUUGUCCGAUAUUGUUCAAAAUGCAUCUAUCAGCUAGUUUGAUUUCCCUUUUUCCUGUAAAAACAAGUUUUUAUUUGGGUUAGAUUCCCCUUUAAUUUAUUUUUUGUUUUGCAUUAAGAUACAAUAUAAAUGUUUGAUACUUUUAUAAUCUAAUGUUAUAAAUUAGCUAAAUGCUUAUCGAGUGGGGGUUUCUUUAAGAGACACGGUUUGAAACACUUGGAUCAGUAUGCCGAACCCAAUAUCAACACUCAAUGGCUUACAAAAGCCAAUUUGAAUAUUUAGUCCAAAGUUAAGUUAAUUAUAGAGGUCAGAUUCGGCCAGUUAAUCAUUCGGACUAUUGAAACAUUUCAUUUCGUUUAUUUCAAUUUCUAAUAAUUUCAAAAGACUUUUUUUGAUCAUGAUGAAAAAACAUUCAUAAUAACAGCGUGCUUAAAGUAACUUCGAACUAUUUGACUAGUCGUAUUUAUCAUUAGUCAGUUUUUACCAAAGGGCAGAGAAAUACAUAUCUACUCUAAAUGAAUCAAAUAAACCUGAAGGCGAAGUAAUUGUAAAUUGUUUAAAUUUCCUACCUGUAUUACGCAUGCCAAUCAUUAAAAAACAUCAAUCUUUUUUUUCUGAAGACAUUGAUGAAUGACUACGAAUGUGCUAUUAAAUCAACGACCAUUGGUCCACCAUUCAAACACAGAAUAAUGCUUAAACACAUUCGGCUUGUUAAUAUUUGUUUGCGUUAGCUUUCUUUUUGAGAACUAAGAUAAAUAUGUUUCACUAUUAAACAAAUUUCCCCUCCCCAAGAGCAAGAAAAGUGUCAACUUGCCAAUGGAUAUAUACACAGAAUAUUGUAAAUAUACAUACAAUGUGCAAUCAAAUAGAUAAAAAUAAACGUAUUUCAUGAUG